UGGCCACCGCUGCCUGGAUCCCACGGAACACACGCACUGCUUGAUUUCCAGAAAACAUUUUUGUGUUUUGCCUUCGGAUGUGUUGUCCCAGUGCGUGACGAGCGUUUGUAUGCAGCAACUUUCACUUAUGGUCGGCGAAGAUGCGGGCAACUUGUGGUUUCUCCCCGGGAAACACCGCCGUGCUGCCUCUCCUGUGGAUGCUGCUGGCAGGAGCUGAAGGACUGUACUUCCCUCAGAAUGAGUACAAGGAGACAAUUUACGUUGGCCAACCAGCAGGGAGCCGAGUGCUCCAGGUCCACGCUAUGCUGGACACUGAUUCGGAGCGGCCACACUUUUACCUGUGCUGGUCGAGUUCAGUUAAACGACCAGCCCACAGCACCUGGUUUAACAUGGACGUCAGCACUGGAGUACUGUCCUUGAACAAAACCUUGGAGGAAAGCGACUUUGCCUUGCUAUAUAAACCUUUAUGGUCUGUGAAGAAAUUGUCCCUCCAUGUUAUGGUACUACCUAAGUUCACCAAGAAGUCGCUGUGCAUCACCAGAAACAACCCUCGGAUCGUCCUGGACUUUGUUAAUGCCACCUUGCCCCAGUGUGCACAGACAGAUAUGAAAGAGCUCUGCUUCCCUCAUCGAGACACGUCCAAACCACACAUCACGGAGAACAGGUUCCCAGGAGCCAUCAUGCAGCUCCAGCGUCUCACGAGACUCAAUGUCUGCCCCAACUACACCAUCUCUUACAGCGUGGAGUCAGAGACGCCUGCCCCCUUUGCUGUGAACCAGAACACCUCAGAACUAAUAGUGACUGCUCCUUUGGACCGAGAGGAGAGUGAACGUUAUAGGCUUCUGUUGGUUUGCACAGUUCGGACAGAGGCGGCCAUUACGACACUGGACACUCCGCUGGAUGUUUUUGUUAAUGAUGAGGAUGAUAACGCACCCUAUGUGAACGGAACAGAGGCAGCUGAUAUUAUCAUCAGUUUCAAUCGGACUAAAGGUGGUACCUAUGGUACAUUGUCCGUUUUUGACAGGGAUUUGACCUCCAUCUAUUCCAUAGACCAGAGUCACAAUAGGUAUGUUGAGACCUUGCUCAGCACUGAUCAAUGGACAAGGGAAACAUUUGAUGUAAAAAGCAGCUUCAGUGAAAAGAAAGCUGCACAUAAUGGCGUCAGAGAGACCGUUCAUAAUUAUCAGCUGGUCCUCAAGAGGAACUUGUUUGUGACAGAGAAUCGCAGUGUGCAGCUGGACUACCUGGUCAAUGACACCACCUACCCUGGUCUAGAGGGAACGGUGUUGCUGCGUUUCAAUGUCACCAUCUUACCCGUCCACGUCCACUUUGACAACAUCACGCAUAUCUUCACGCUCACACGCAGAGCUUCACUUUAUGCUCAGGUUGGCAGAGUCUGUGUGAAAAACUGCCAGCAGUUUGAUGGUUUCAGAAUCACAUACCAGCUCAAGGUGCCUCAUAAGAACAUCUCCGCUGGCGAGCUGUCCUGCUAUGCAGCCAUAAGCAUCUCACAGGCCUCGGAUGAAAUGUGGGGACUCCUCUACGUGAACGAUUCGGAGGCACUGCAAAAACCAGAGUGCCAGGAUCUGCAGUACGUUGUCGUAGCUCAGGAGGAACACACUCAGAUGGAGGCCAGCACUCAGAUCCAAAUCAUUCUGGAUACCGAAGUAAACCAGGGCAGUCAGGACAACCAGCAGUUGCUGUCGUGUGCAGAAAACCGACGUCAAGUAGACUGCGAAUCCACCCGCGGCCUGGGGGCAACCACCGGGAGAUGCCAGUGGAGGCAAGGCACCGAAAAAGGAAUUUCAGAAAGCUACUCCACUUGCUCGCCUGACCUGCGCACAUGUCCGGAUAGCUUUUGUGACGCUAUUGAAAGCAAAGAUACAUCAAUAUGCCCGCAGGACUGCACAAAGGAGACUGUCAUUGGAGGUCAUGAACUGGGACUGAGGAACGGUAUCCAGGCUGGCUACGGGACCUGCUACUGCUACACUGAGAGAUGCUUCUGCGAGAAGGAAGAUAUUGAAGAAGUGAUAUGUGACGACAUGUGUAAGACCAUCAUCGCCACAGCUUUGCUCCUCUCUUUCGUCGUCUCCAUCCUCCUCUCUUCCUAUUUCAUCCACCGCUACCACAAGAACUCGCCCAAACCCCCGAUAGCCUCGGCUGAGAUGACAUUCCGCAGGCCCGCCCAGGCCUAUCCCAUCAGCUUCCCUGCAAACAACUUACGCAGAGGCUCCCAGGAAUCCAUCGAAACGGACACCUUUAAAAUACCUGAGGACCCUAAGUGGGAGUUCCCUCGUAAGAACCUGGUGCUUGGCAAGACUUUGGGAGAAGGGGAGUUUGGAAAGGUUGUCAAGGCCACAGCAUUCAGGUUGAAAGGGAAAGCAGGUUACACUACAGUGGCUGUGAAAAUGCUUAAAGAUAACGCGUCCCACAGUGAGCUUCGAGACCUGCUGUCAGAAUUCACUUUACUCAAGCAAGUCAACCAUCCUCACGUCAUAAAGAUGUACGGAGCAUGCAGCCAAGAUGGUCCAUUAUAUCUGAUCGUGGAAUAUGCCAAGUUUGGGUCACUUCGCAACUUCCUUCGCGAGAGCCGGAAAGUUGGCCCCAGCUUCAUGGGAAGGGAUGCCAACCGAAACUCCAGCUACUUGGAGAACCCAGACGACAGGGCGCUCACUAUGGGUGACCUGAUCUCCUUUGCAUGGCAGAUAUCCCGAGGCAUGCAGUAUUUAGCUGAAAUGAAGCUUGUACACAGGGACCUUGCAGCACGAAAUGUGCUUGUAGCAGAAGGAAGAAAGAUGAAAAUCUCAGACUUUGGCCUCUCCAGAGAUGUGUAUGAGGAGGACUCUUAUGUCAAGAGGAGCAAGGGUCGUAUACCUGUUAAAUGGAUGGCAAUAGAGUCCCUGUUUGAUCACAUUUACACAACACAAAGUGACGUCUGGUCCUUUGGCGUGCUCCUAUGGGAGAUUGUGACACUGGGGGGUAAUCCAUACCCCGGCAUUGCGCCUGAACGCCUCUUCAACCUCCUGAAGACUGGCUACAGGAUGGAGAGACCAGAGAACUGCUCAGAGGAAAUGUAUAACCUCAUGGUCCGAUGCUGGAAACAAGAAUCAGACAAGAGGCCGACUUUCUCUGACAUCAGCAAAGAACUGGAAAAGAUGAUGGUGAAAAGUCGGGAUUACCUGGACCUGGCAGCGUCCACUCCUGCUGAUGCCCUGCUGUACGAUGACGCGCUCUCUGAAGAGGACACACCACUUGUGGACUGUAAUAACGCCCCUAUCCCUCGAACCCUCCCCUCCACAUGGAUUGAAAACAAGCUCUAUGGCAUGUCAUACCCCAACUGGCCCGAGAAGAGCCCGGUACCGCUCAACAGACAUGAUGCCACUAAUCCAGUCUUUACAAGAUAUGCCAAUGAUAGUGUUUAUGCAAACUGGAUGGCUUUGCCUUCACCUGCAAAAGCUGUGGACAAGCUUGAUAGCUAGAUGAAAACAACGCUGUAGAAAAGAUGUGUUGGUAGAUGUGUAUAUUUCUAUAAAAGUGUAUAUACAACCUGAUGCUAAAGUUGGUUCCCUUUUAUUUCUGUUGCACGGGUAAUAAAACUGGGGUCUCUGGCUGGAUCAGCAUAGACCAUACUUACUUCAUUCAGCUCUGUAUGUUAAUUAUUACCUCAUGGCCAUGUUGUACCACUGCAUGACUGUUGUACCAGAUUGUAUGUCAGUGUCAAUGUCUUUUAAGUGCCUGUGCCGCUUCGACAAUAGCCACCAAAUAUUAAUGUGCUACUGUGAAGAUCAUGUUCCAGCCCAGGAAUUAAAGGGGACUCCUUUACCAUCAUCUGCUGUAGACAGCUGGGAUUGAGUGGACAAAAAAUGUAAAGUUUCUAGUUUGGAGGACUGCGCUCCUGAUAAUGUCCAAAGACCAAUGUUCUGUUCUAUCCACAAUAUGUUUUAAAAACAUUAAUUCCAAA